AUCAUGGCGCCGGCCAAAAGACGCAACGUGAGUUUGUCAGAAACAGCAGAGAAGAGUGUUAAAAAAGCAAAAAUUGACCUCAAUGCCAAAGUCGAGAUUAUACUUGAGAGCAGAAAAAAUGCCAACGACGUUUUUGACAUCCUUGAGGCCCUUGAGUCUGAAAAAGAGAAGGAUGUUGGCAGUGCUGUCAAUGCCUGCAGCAAAUUGUUUUGCACCUUGUUGGAGAAGAAAGAGCUGUUUUUGGGAAAACUGCCUGGAGAAGAGGAGGCAGUGAGUGGAGAGAGUAGUGCUGAAGAGAAGUACCAAAUGUUCAUGCGACACCGUUACAACAGCUGUGUGGAGCUGCUGCUGGAGCACCUUAGCCAUGAUCUCCACGGAGUCCAGGAGACUGCCCUGUGCUGCCUGAUGAAGUUUGCUGCAGCAGAAGGAAAGCAUCCUCUUGAGGACUUGGACUGGACUGAGCACUACAGCUUCCCAAGAGAACUCCUCCAGUCAGUGGUGGACAGACUGUUGUCCAAAACUACAGACAACUCCCUGCUGAUCUCCAGAUUCCAGGAGUUCCUGGAGAUGGAGGAUGUGCGCUAUUAUGUCAUGAGCUCCAUCCGCGAGAAUGUAGGCAAAGUCAUGGACAAAAACAAAGGGGCAUUGUUGCCCAUAUUUCAGAACAAUGUGUUCACGCUCAUGUCCAACAUCAGUAUACCAAGCCAGGAGUCGGAGCUCACUAACUUUAUGGUCCAACAAGAAGAUAAGCAUGAGGACUGGAAAGCAGCUAAACUGAAUGAACACAAGCGUGUCUUUGAGAGGAUGUGGCUGGGCUUUCUCAAGUAUAAGUUGCCAAGUAACAUGUAUAAAAAGAUCUUGGUGAUCCUCCAUGACUCAAUUUUGCCCCACAUGAGUAAACCCACACUGAUGAUUGACUUCUUGACUGCUGCCUAUGAAGUCGGUGGGGCUAUCAGCCUGCUGGCCCUCAAUGGCCUCUUUGUCCUCAUACAUCAACACAACCUAGAUUACCCAGAUUUCUACAAGAAGUUGUAUAAUCUGCUUGAGCCUUCUGUUUUCCACGUGAAGUACAGAGCGCGCUUUUUCCACCUAGCUAACCUCUUCCUUAGCUCCAGUCACUUGCCAGUGUACCUAGUGGCUGCGUUCGCCAAACGCUUGGCUCGUCUGGCUCUCACAGCUCCGCCCACAGCACUCCUCAUCGUGCUGCCCUUCAUCUACAACCUAAUCCGCCGCCACCCAUCCUGCAGAGUCCUGAUUCACAAGCCCACCACGGAAGGCGAGGUUUUAGAAGACCCCUACCUGAUGGAUGAAGAGGACCCGGUUCAGUGUCGUGCAUUAGAGAGCAGCUUGUGGGAGAUUAAGACACUGCAGAAGCAUUACCAUCCAGAUGUGACCAAAGCUGCUAUGGCGAUCAACACACCUUUGUCAGGAAAAGAGGACGAUAUCGACGAGGUGCUGGAAAUAACAACACACGAGCUGAUGGAAAGAGACCUGAAGAAGUCUCAGAUCAAGAACAUCCCACUGGAGUUUGAAAUUGCCACAGAGUUGCUAAAAGGAGGGGGAAAUGUGUUAGGACAGCACUUCUGUCUGGAUUGAAACACAUUUGAUACAAGGAGCUGCAUUCAGAGGAUGAUAUUCAUUUCUGGGACCAGGAAGCAUGAACACGACUCCACGAGACCAUUUUCAGCAGCUGCACCAAGAAGAACAACAUAAAUACAUUUGAUCUGGGGUUUUGUCCAUGAUCGUUGAUGUGUAACAUUUGUACACCAUUAAAACAAUCUCAAAGCUCAUGGUAAA